UUACACGUGUUAACCUUACGGACGGUUCUGCAUACUACGGACAAUUUCUUAAAUUUUACCCAUCUGGAAAGUAUUAUUCGACAUCUGCAAGUUUGGAAUUCUAUUUAUUUGUUCCCACAUCCACAAUGGUAUCCAAGAAAGGAAAUAAAGCAUCCCAAACGUCUAGUAGACCAGUGCUGCAAAUUAAAAACAUCCACAAGAAGUCUAGUCAGACUAAAGAAGAAAAGGCUCUUCAGAAAAAGAUAUUGAAGAAGGGUUUGUCAAAAAAGGGAAAAAUUCCCAUUGGUAACAUAGCCCUUGAAAAAACCAAUGCUGGAGCAUUUGAGGAGAAGAACAAGUCAAUCCAGAGGAAAUUCAAGAAGAAGCGAAGAGGAGCAUAUAAAGCAGGAGACGGCCCAGGAAUCGUUUGUCUUACCAACUUACCACAUGGUUUUUAUGAAAAAGAGUUGAUGCUGUACUUUCAACAGUUUGGUGACAUCAAACAUUCAAAAGUUGUUCGUAGUAAACUGACUGGAAGAAGCUGUGGCUAUGCUUACGUGGAGUUCAAGGAAGGAGUCGUUGCCAAAAUUGCAGCUGAGACUAUGAACAAUUAUCUAACAUAUGGGAAGAUAAUUAAAUGUAGGCUCCUUACGUACACCAAAAAAAGGUCAAAGAAAAUAUUUGGUGAAGAGUCAUUUCUUCCUGAAAACUGUCCAAAAGUUUUAAAUAGAAGAAAAGCCAUUAAAACUUUGAAUGCUACUCGCAGCGCGAAACAAAUACAGUCAAGGGCAGUGAGAGUUAGACAAAAUUUUGAUAAAAAGCUAAAGAUGCUCCAGGAGCUUGGUGUGAAUUUGGACCUUGAUAUGGACACUGGAAACUUAAAAAUUGUUAAAAAUGAAGUUUCUGCUGCUAUGAAAAAAGAAAAACCUGUUCCAUCAGAUGAUGAUGGAAGUAAUUCCGCUGGUUGUAAAGGUAAGAUCAUUUUUGAAGCAGAUCAGAGUGAUGAUGAAAUUAUUUUGAAAACUCCCCCAUUUGCAAAAAAGAAGUUUGUGAAAAUUACCCCUUCAUCACCUGCAGUUAGAGUUAGUGGGAAAUCAAAGGUAACUGAAGCAACCCCUGCAGAUGACACUCCAAAGUCUGUCAAACCCACGAAGAGUCCAAAAACACCCAAAGUGAAUAAAGCUAGGACACAAAUGUCAGCGUCCGAAAAAAAAAUUGUGAAAAAGAGGAAGGUAUCACAAGUUGAUGUUGAAGGAAAUAACUCUAGAAAACAGAAGCGGUUGUCCCUGUGAGGAAAUGGUUCAAGUACUGUGUGUAUUAUAUAAAAACCAGUAAUGUCAGUUCAUUUAGCUUCUGUAAUAUUUUCUACAGUAGUCUGGCACCUUUUUAUAAAAAUAAAUAUAAAAUGUGCCACAAGCUUGUACAUUAUUUUUGUCCCUCAAAUGAAUUUCAACUACCCUGCUGCAGUAUUGCAGGCUAUUUUUUGUGUAUGGUCAUAUUUUUUUAUUGGGUUUGCAUGGUUAAGUUAUAAUUACAGUGCUUAAAAAGAAGUUUGCAAGUUUGGUUCUGAAGCUAGUUUAAUCUUUAUUGACAGCUUCAAAAAUGUUGUGCUCAAGAUAUUUGAAACUUCUCUCUUACUGCAAAUCUACUCUACUUACAGAAGUUAAGAGAAAAUGUAAGCUGUAUGAAGUAACUAUAGAUUCUACUGUAAUGUAGGUGACCAGUGGAAGUAUUUCAAAUUUCACUAUUGAGACUGAUAAUUUAUCUGGUUCUUUAAGGGGGCCGGCCGGCUAAUGCCAUUUUUUAAGGACAGGACUUUGAUAUUCAUACCACUUAAUAAGGUGACUUGGGACAUCUCCAAACCGCAUAUGAUUUUUGCCUCUGACCUUCGGUUUUGUGACGCCAGGGCGAUUUAUCCCGAAAAUAACCAUUUUUCAAAUUCUAUCUCCUCCCUUGAUAUUUAAUAUAAAGACCUGGGAUUACUACCAUAUAUAGACCUGAUGUAGACCUCCAAUGGAAUGGAGAGUUUUUUUUUCUAAGUCAUUUUUUUGCUAGAUAUGAAUUUUUCAAUAUGGUAAAAAAAUAAACCCUAUAAAUCAGGAGAAAAAAAUUUAUAAAAAAAAAAAAAGAUGAAACAAAAAUUUGAAAAAAGGGCUCUAUUUGAUUGUUCUAUAAUGUCUUUCUGAGUUAUAUACCAAAUUCCAAUGUUAUAGCUUUAAAACUAAGUGAGAAGAUAGAUUUUGAAGGUCAAUAAGUAUAGUUUUGAGAUACGGGCGUUCAAAGUUUCCUUCGUAUUUCUAAUAAAGACAAUGUUGAUAAAUAAUGAUUAUUAUGAAUGUAUAUUUCUUUUUUGUGUAUUAAUAAACCAAAACUAUUUUAUUUAUCAUAAUUUAAUCAUAAACGAUGAUCCCUUUGCUCAUAUAUCGCAGCCUGGGGCACUGCUUGAGACAAGAUGGGCCACUCCUUCCUACGCAAUUCUCUCUCUCCCCUUCACUAACUCGGCUUAUUACUGCGAAUUUUCUUCUUCUGUAUGUUAGCGAGAUGUUUUCCUUGUAUUUUCCUCUUUGGCAUGAAGAAAUUCUUGCCCGAAACAAAGAUAAACAAACGUAAAUGCAAGAGAAUGUUAGAGGUGAAACUCGAAGGUCUACUCUUUUUUUUUUUUUUUUUUUUUUUUUUACAAAAGACAAUUUAAUAAAUCAUGAUUAUUAUGAAUUUCAUAUUCCAUUUUGGGUAUUAAAAAACCAAAACUUUGUUAUUUAUCAUAAAUGAAGAUCUCUUUGCUCAAAGAUCGUAGCCUUGGGCACAGUGUGACGUGUACUGUCAGGCAAGAGGGGGCGUUACUGAGCAACCCUUACUACGCAACCCUACCCUCUCUCUUCACUAACUACGAGUAUAUUAUGAUAUUCUGUAAUAAUACUAGAGCGAUUUUUCUUCGUCUGUAUGUUAGCGAGAUGUUUUCCUUGUCUUUUCCUCAUUGGCAUGAUGAAAUUCUUGCCGAAACAUACAUAAACAUACGUAAAGGCAAGCGAAUGUCAAGAGGUGAAAUGGAACGUGUAAACUACUUGACGUCUGUGAUCGCACUAAUUCAUGACUGGACUUGGUAGCUGAGCCUGAAGUCUCCUUCUCGACUCGGGGAAUGUCUACAGAUGCCAUUUCUCCCAAUUUCUUUGACAAUAAUUAUAAAAAUUUACGAUAAUAGAAGAAAUAUUGCAUUUUCUUGUACGGAUCAGUGUUUUAGGCUUACUGAGUUGUUAACUAAUUUCCCUGUAACUACGAAAGUAAGAGGAAUUUUGACGAAAUAUUUCGUAUACGUAUUCUCAAUUGCUAUAUGAAGCUCCAUGAAUUUUUUCAUGACUGCAUUUUUCGCCCUAUACCACCAUAUAUAGGGGUUCCGGCCGGCCCCCUUAAAGGUUAUUUUAGAAAAUUCAUACUUCCAGAAAAUUCAUACUUUCAAGAAUCCUUUUACUAUUUGAACAUGAAAUAGAUUUAAACAUUAUAUAUCUAGAUAUAUAAAACAUUACAUAUCUAGAUAUAUAACCUAUCUUGGGUACAUUUGAUAGUUUUUUUUAUAUACAGUGUGAUAUCUAUUGUAAGUCUUUCAAUAAAACUAAAUGCUUUCA